AUGAUCAGUUACAUCAACGAUAAUGGUGGUUGGAAAAUCAUUGGCUGGUGCAAGAGAGGGCUCCUUUCCAUCAAGGGAGAAACAGAUAAAGUUGAGAACAGAAAUGUUAACCUUCGUCUCACAUCCGUCUAUCCACAAAACGUCGGAAUCUUGGAUGAUGAAAAUUUCAAAAAACUUCUCAUAAGAGAAGAUUUCGAAAUUCCCGAUUCUGCCUUGACUAAUUUGAGUCCAAACCCUGAAACAACAGAAGAUGAUGAAUCGGAUUCAUCAUCAUCCAACGACGAUAACAAACGUGAUGACGAUGUUGAUGAUGCCAACGACCAACGUCCAAAUCCGUAUAAAACCGGUGACAAUGACGAAGAUGCAGAGACUCAAGAACACACAGAUGUUGAUGUUACACAUGAACACGACGACAAGUCUGAAGAGGAAAACGAACUAGUUUAA